CCCACGGUGUCUGAAAUUACGGGUUUCAACGUCUUCGCCAUGGGCUUUUUGUUAUCUACUGGAGGUGCUGAUCAGGUACAGGAAUGGGAGAGUCUUUCUGCGUCCCAGCGUUCCACAAUCAAAUCUCAAUACAACGCGGCCGGUAUUGCUCUGGUCGCCUCUGCUUUCGGAGCGACUGAUAAGCCUACUAGUGCCGGAGAAUCUGCGACAUCCCUCGGUGCGAGCAUGGGCCAAUGGGUUCUGGACAACGGCGUUGACGGCCUUGACAUCGACUACGAAGACCUCGACGCCUUCAACGCCGGCAAUGGCAACGCUGAGAACUGGCUGAUCUCAUUCACCCAGACCGUCCGCUCUAAGCUCCCUGUGGGUCAAUACAUCGUCACCCACGCUCCUUUGGCCCCGUGGUUUGCUCCCAACAAAUGGGGUGGUGGAGGGUACUUGAAGGUCCACCAGAGCGUUGGCAGCCAAAUCGACUGGUACAACAUUCAGUUCUACAACCAGGGUUCUGAUUAUACUACGUGCGACGGUCUUGUCACCGCCUCUUCGUCGACCUACCCGGAGACCGCCAUCCUCCAAAUCGCGGCAAAUGCUGUCCCAUCCGAUAAGCUUGUCAUGGGCAAGCCCGCUACCACUGCUGACGCGUCUACCGGCUAUAUCGAUCCUGCUACCCUCGCCACUUGUGUUGCCCAGGCAAAGAACGCUGGAUGGAACGGCGGUGUCAUGGUUUGGCAGUACCCUGACGCUACUGCGUCCUGGAUCAAAACCGUUCGUGGCUCCGCUUUCCCUAUCAGUGGUGGUGGUGGUGGUACUCCGACUACCACUUCCCCGACCACUACUAGCACUGGCUCCAGCGGCUCCGGCUGUAGUGGUGUCUCCGCUUGGAGCUCCACUGUCGCAUACGUCGGCGGUGACAAAGUCUCCUACAACGGCCACCUUUGGACCGCGAAGUGGUGGACUGAGGCCGAUACUCCCGGUAAGCAUUCUGGCUACUUUAUCUUGAAUGCUUGA